AUGUUAGCAACAACAGCACCAAACUCUUUAGUCAUGAACCCAACUUCAAUGUUAGUAGAGAUGAAAAGCUUCAUUCCUUCUUCAUAUACUUUCGAAACAGAAAUCCAGAAGAUAAAGCAAGAACUUCUCCAAGGAGAUUUAGAUUGCACUGCGAAAGAUGAAACAAAUGAACAGUAUCUUUAUGAAAUGCAGGACAUUAUUGACCAUCUACCUAAACUUCCUGAAAUACAACAACAAAAGCUCACUAUUCCUGAAUUCGAUGAAAUAGAAGUCAAAGCAACUGACUCAGUAGAAAUAAAGAAGUUCAUACGAAAGGUUAACUAUGAGUUUCUUGGAUUUCAUUGCAACCACAAAGUCAUGGACAAAGAUUGCGAUAUGGUAUAUAAGAACAUCUCUGACAUAUACAAAUCUGGGGAGUUUAAGACCUACGACAACUUUGUUUCGUUAGUUGCAAAAUGUGUAUGGCAGAUAAGAGAUAAAGAUAGAAGAGGUAAGAUAUGGAAUGAACAAAUAAGACCCGCAACUUUUGAGUUAAAGAGAGCA